AUGCGUCAUAUGCCAGUUAGCCCUCGCCCAGACCUAUCUUGUUCUGUUGCCCUGCUCCUUGUGGCACAGGACGCCCUCCACUAUGGAGUAGAAAGACUGAAUGCCACGAGCAGAAGCGGCCGUGAGUUGGUCGUAGCUGACGCGAUCUUGAUCCUGGUGAUGAAUGUCUGCAGAGUCAAGAGUGAUACUCCUACCGCCGACAAACGUCCCGACUAUAUGCACUCAUUUAAUCUUUGCACAAAGUACAUUCAAUGUAGUUGAGUGUCUAUAUUUUUUUUAAAUCUUGGUAUAUCUUGGUAAAUCAGAUACAAAUACGACUGGAAGUCCAGGCCGCGUUCGCGCCUUAACGGUCAUGGCUAAGCCGACAUCAUAUUAUGUGGCCUUAAUGAAUAGGUAAAUGUAUAAUCAACAGACUGCCGCAAACGAAGCCAGGAGUAUGAAUUUUCAAACACUACGUUUACGGCGCUAGUGUCAACGACACGAGGCCUUUUGGUUUGAACAUUCAACUCUAGCCUCUACUAUUUUUACGAACACAUUUUGUCAUUUAUUUAUUUGAUUUUUUUUUUUUCUAGUAGUAGUAGUAGUAGUAGUAGUAGUGUUAUCCCGCGUUUUUAUCGAAAAAUAAUUUUGCGGCUACGGCGGCCACGACAUUGUCAUUUGCGUAAUGUAUUAUUAUUGUUCACUGUGCAGCUAUGUGCUGUGGUCACUGUUACUGAUACCGAUGCUUCUGCCGCUAGCCGUCGUCUCGCGAGACGCGUCCCGUUAUAA